AUGGCGACUGCCUACGAGAGAUACAAUUUGCACACAACCCCAGAGAAGUUCUUCAUCGAGGCCUGCGAUGAGGGGGCUGAUGCUGUGCUGGCCAUCGACAGGGUCUCAAAUGAGAUGACCCUCACAGGUAAAAAAGAUGUCCCUCCCUCUGCGGUCACCAGGCCCAUAUGUGGCAUCAUGGGAACCAUUCGCCUGGUAGCAGGCAUGUACCUGAUCGUCAUCACCAGGAAGAGGAACGUGGGCAGCCUGCUGGGCCACGCUGUGUGGAAGGCUGUGGAUUUUGACGUGAUCUCUUAUAAGAAGACAGUGCUGCAUCUCUCAGAGAUCCAGUCUCAGGAGAAUAAGACUUUCCUGUCCAUGAUUAACAACGUGCUGACUACUGACGGCUUCUACUUCUGCACUGACUACGACCUGACACACACUCUGCAGCGGCUGGCAAACACCAGCCCUGACUUCCAAGAGAUGAGUCUGCUGGAGAGGGCAGAUCAGCGGUUUGUGUGGAAUGGGAACCUCCUGAGAGAACUGGCUGCACAGCCAGAGCUUCAUAAGUUUGCACUUCCUGUUGUCCAUGGAUUCAUCGUCAUGAAGCCAUGUCGUAUAAACGGAAAGAUCUUUGAGUGGAUCCUCAUAUCCAGGAGAAGCUGCUUCCGGGCUGGCGUCAGAUAUUACCUUCGAGGCAUCGACUCUGAAGGCCAUGCUGCUAACUUUGUGGAGACUGAGCAGAUAGUUUUGUAUGAGGGAGCAAAGGCUUCAUUUAUACAGACCCGAGGCUCCAUGCCCUUUUACUGGAGUCAGAGGCCCAACCUCAAAUACAAACCUAAACCCAUAAUCAGCAAAACCACCAAUCACAUGGAUGGUUUCCAGAGGCAUUUCGACUCUCAGCUCCUCAUCUAUGGGAAGCAAACUAUUCUGAACCUGGUGAACCAGAAAGGCUCAGAGAAGCCUCUAGAACAGGCUUUUGCCAAGAUGGUGUCUGGCAUGAACAACGGUAUGCUCAAUUACAUAGCCUUCGACUUCCACAAAGAGUGCAGCGCCAUGAGAUGGGACCGCCUCCAGAUCUUAGUGGAUGAUGUCGCUGAGACACAAGAGGAAUACAGUUACUUCAUGGUGAACUCGGAGGGGAAGACGGUGGCCCAGCAGAGAGGAGUCUUCCGCAGUAACUGCAUGGACUGCCUGGACAGGACCAACGUCAUCCAGAGCCUGCUGGCCCGGCGCUCCUUACAAUCUCAGCUUCAGAGGAUGGGGGUUCUGAAUGUGGGUCAGCGGAUUGAAGAGCAGGCUGAGUUUGAAAAGAUCUACAAGAACGCAUGGGCUGACAAUGCCAAUGCAUGCGCUGUACAGUACGCAGGAACCGGAGCCUUGAAAACUGACUUCACAAGGACGGGGAAGAGGACCAGGUGGGGGUUGCUGAUGGAUGGCUGGAACUCAAUGAUCCGCUACUACAAAAAUAACUUCUCUGAUGGAUUCAGACAGGACUCCAUUGACCUGUUUCUGGGUAACUUUGCUGUCGAUGAGUCUGAUGGACCCACUCCUCUUCGUGUGCAGAAGGACUGGAAGUUCCUCACGUUGCCCAUUAUUAUGCUGGUGGCAUUUUCCAUGUGCAUCGUGUGUCUUCUCAUGGCUGGUGACACCUGGACGGAGACCCUGGCUUACGUGACGUUCUGGGGGGCUGCUAGUGCCAUCACAGCCACCAUCAUCCUGUUUAACGGCCAAGACUUUGUGGACGCCCCCAAACUGGUUCACAAGGAGAAGCUGGACUGAGUGUGUGUGUGUGUGUGUGUGUGUGUGUGUGUGUGUGUGUGUGUGUGUGUGUGUGUGUGUGUGUGUGUGUGUGUGUGUGUGUGUGUGUGUGUGUGUGUGUGUGUGUGUGUGUGUGUGUGUGUGUGUGUGUGUGUGUGUGUGUGUGUGUGUGUGUAAAGCGUGUGAGUUAGUGAGAGACGAGUAUCUGGGCCCGGCAGGUUCAUAUACCUGGUGAUCUUCAGCGUCUUCUUCCGCCCGGUCUGGACUCCGACUGAUCUGCUGCCUCCACACUGCCCUGCAGACUUUCUCACCCAAAACCAUUUUUUCUGCCAUUUGUCUGCAACAUAUUCUACAUGGUUUACAUUUAAUUCCCUACAUUCCUCAUACUGUCUCUUUAGGUCGGUUUGUUGGUGUUAGGUAGUCAGUUCUACAGAGGGUCUGUGAUGGCACUUUAGUUCACUGUUUCAGUGUUCUACAAAAAACACUAUGGCUCAUUUUCUCAUUCAUUUACCAUUCUUACAUUUUAAAUCUGUAAACAUAUUACAACAAGCUUUUUUCUUUUUAGCUUCUUGGCACACUUUAUAGUUAAAGCCCCCCCCCGAUUCCUCUGGCUGAUUAGACCUCCGGCAGGUUCAGGUUUGGUGGAGCAAUGCUGUAAAUGACCCAAUGUCACAAAAACAAAAGAAGAGUGAAGGAGAUAUCAUGUACACAGUCCUGAGAAGAGCUCUUUUUUUUACCACUUGUGUCCAGCACAACAAGCUGAAAACACAGUAAAGUUGAUACGUUGACAAACAGUCAUUAACUUGUUGAUUUGGUGUUGGGCAGGUAGUGAGUCUGAUUUAAAGAUAUUUAACAUAAUUAUAUUCAUCCCAAACAGAUUAUUCAUUAAUGUCAAUUAACCCGAACCAGUCCCCCAAACAUGUGGCUCUUCAACAUUGUAUGUAUGUAUGUAUGUAUGUGUGUAUGUAUGUAUGUAUGUAUGUAUGUAUGUAUGUAUGUAUGUAUGUGUGUAUGUGUGUAUGUGUGUAUGUAUGUAAUGCAUAGAGCACGGUUUAUCGUAUGUACAUGUUGCGUUUUCGAAUGUAACAAGCCUUACACAUAUGAAAUAUGAAUAUUUGGCUAACCAGUAUGUACCUGGAGUGAACACAAAGGUGUGUGUGUUGUGUUUGUGUGUUGUGUGUGUGUGUUUUGUGUGUGUGUGUAUGUGUGUUGCUCAUUUAAGAUUUUCCUUUUUUUUUUUUUUUUUUACCGAAUUGACCAAUUCAGAGCUUUCCAUGCAGGAUUAACAAUGAGGGUGUUGUCUUCCUACAUCUCUAGUUAGCUACCUACCUAAAUCCAUGAAACAUGUCGACAAGUGUGGCUGAGCUGGACACAGCUGUACAGGUUGUUGUAAACCGCCUUACAGACGGUAUGGUGGGCAAAGUGCUUCCAUAGUUUACCGUGCACUUCAUUUUGUUUCAGUCUAGUCAGUCCCUCCAGAAAAAUGCGAUUAUGCAAUCGCAUAAUCAGCCAAAGUCUGCAUAUUUAUGUGGGGGCCGCAUUUUUUAAAAUACGCCGCAGUUUCGCUGCAUAAAUUGCCAA